CUCAUGGAUGUGCGACCACGACGGUGGAUCAUGUGGAGUCCGAUACUCGCGGGCGUGGUGAUCGUUUCGAUAUCGAACAGCUGCGUUUCCUUGGAAAGGGAGAACCACCUGCCCCUGCGAGAACUGCCGAUGUCGAAUCUCAAAAGUCGCAGUCGACGUGCGCUGGAUCGACAUGUCGAACUGGAUAUCAAGUCCGAUACAGGGAAGAAUUUCAAAGUGAGGGCGCGCCCCGCGCAGAACUUAUUCGCACACAAUUUCCGAGUCUUCGAAAAUCACGGGAACGGCACGGUUCGAGAACAUAAUGUGGAUACGCGCAAACUCAGUGAGCGCUACCUCGAGGGUGAAGUCAUCGGAGAGCCCGGCUCCAGUGCGGUAUUGCAUCAUGAGGGAAGUAUCCUCAGUGGGAGUGUUUUCCUGAAAGAUGAAGUAUACACAAUCGAAGAUGCCGCCGUCCUCAACUACUCUUCUUCUGGAAGAAGGAGAAAUUACGAGGCAAAAACUCGCUUGCUCUAUGAGGAUUCCGAAAUAGACCGGAUCGCUGAAGCUCGAGGCUGUCCCGUCGUGCGACGUCCUCGGAGAUUCUACUCUUCCGGAGUCCAUGAGCCCGGGCUCGAUCUCUCGCCCGAUAAAAAGCGCUGUCCGCUCCGAUUGGUGGCGGACCACACGUAUUUCGAAGUGGUCGGUGAGAGUAACCUCCGGAAGACGAUCGAUAAAAUGGUCACUCAGAUCCAGCGCGUCAACAAGAUAUUCAACGAGACGAUGUUCAUCAACGAGGAGAACGACGGCUAUUUCAACAUGGGUUUCGUGAUUCGCGACGUCCUCGUGUUUCGUGAAGCGACCGAGGUCGCUGAGAACCGAGUGCAUUUCAACAUGGAAGGUUCGAUUUCGGUGGAGGAUAUUCUGCACUCCUUCGCUACGGACGAGAGCACCGAGAACCAAUGGGUCUGUCUGGCGCAUCUAUUCACGGCGAGGAAUCUCGAGGGCGCCCUCGGCCUCGCCAAUAUUGGCCACCCGAUCCAGGAACGAGGAAUCUGCGCACGACGAUACCUCGACAGCAAGGCGGGAAAGUUCAUCGUCGAAAACGUCGGACUCUCAACGUCAGUCGUGAUGGGCACGCGGUUGCUGACUCGAGUCUCAGAUCUGACCGUCGCCCACGAGCUGGCGCAUGGCUGGGGAGCAGAACACGACCCCGACAGCGAAGAGUGCAUGCCACCGUCCUCCAGGGGAGGUUCAUAUCUGAUGAACGCUCAUUCGAACUUCGGUUUAGCUCAAAAUAAUCGUCACUUCAGUCCGUGCAGCAUUCGGCAGAUCGCAGCCAUGCUGAAAUAUAAAUCGAAGUGCUUCGUCGAGCUCGCGUCGGACCGAUGCGGGAACUUCAUCGUCGACGAUGAUGAGGAGUGCGACAUCGGCCCGAUCAAGGACAACGAUCCUUGCUGUUCGAAAUCCUGUAAAUUGAGGUCGAAUGCGAUGUGCAGCGACAUGAACCACGCGUGCUGCGACCAAUGCCAAUACGCGGCUGCGGGAACGCUGUGCCGGGCACGGCUCCCAUCCGAAUGUCUCGGCGACGCGUUUUGCUCCGGCGAAACCGAAAGGUGUCCCCGGCAAAGACCCGUCGCAGACAACGAAACCUGCUUGGAUAAGGGAAGCUGUAGGGACGGGGCCUGCAUACCGUACUGUGAGUCGCUUGGCAUGAUAUCGUGCAGAUGUUACGGGAAACUAGAGUGCCACCGCUGUUGUCGUAUCGCCAGUCAGUCUCAAUGUUUCCCCAUCGAGCCUUUCGACGCUCUGAAAGAUGGAACCAUGUGCUCCGACGGCUUCUGUAAACACGGCUCAUGUAAGAAAAAAGUGCAGGAUAUCGUCACGCGCAUCGUCAGCAUCUUGCAGAAAGUGAGCCCGUCCUGGAUUUACGGGAUUAUGAAGCGUCAUUGGUCAUCCAUCUUGAUCCUGACGCUAUCUCUGGUGUGGUUCCCCGUUGCUUGCUGUCUUCACCUCCGCGAUAAGCGAAAAUAUAGUUUCAGUGCGCAACCAGUGUUGCGAAACUCUUUGAGAUACUCAAGACACUCUCUGAACCCACGAGCUUCGAUGGGACAGAUGUGUGACACAAGCUUCGAUUCCUCCGAGUCAUGAAAACCUGUAUGAUGGCGAUCUCUGAGCGUAGGACAAAUCUCUGUUAGGAUCCGGAGUGAAACGAACUGUGAUCUGGGGGGGAACAAGGAUGAAUGGAUUGAGCUGACUUGAGGACCGGUCGAACUUGUGGCUACUUGAACACGGGACUACUUUGAGCUCGUGGAAAGAAGCGAAACUUGAAAUGAUGUGAUAGGAUGUCGCGAGGGAAGUGUACCCUUGAGGGGUAUCAGAAUGGAAACCCCAAAAAUCGUUCCGGGACGAAUGGAAUAAUGCGAAGAUUGUAUUGUUAUUUAUUCAGAAGAACAUAACCCGAGGACCAGAAAAAAUGAGAGCUGGUUCUCUCCCGUCCCCGCAUAUU